AUGUCUCGGCGCAUCAAGGCCUCGCGCGGCCGCAGCAAGGCAUCCGACGAGGAGCUGGCGUUUCCCGCGCCGCCGUACGGGCCGUACGAGAUCUUCCACCUGCCGCGCAGCGCCUCGGACGCCGACAUCAAGGCGCGCUACUACGACCUCGUGCGUCUGCUGCACCCAGACCGCGCCGGCGUCGCGGAUGGCAGCGCCGCCAAGCAGCAGAAGCGGCAGUGGGAGGAGAUGCAAAAGGCCUACGAGCUGCUGCGCUCGUCGCGUGCGCGCCAGAUGUACGAUCGCUCCGGGCUCGGCUGGAAUUCGCACGGCAGUGCCGCUGCCCGGGCUCGCGCGGCCGCUGCUCGCCAGGGCUGGCAGUUCCGCGGCGCGCCCGGCCACGAUGGCUUCGGCUGGCAGGCCGAGUCGGCGCGCUCCGACUUCUUCUACGGCGCCAACCCGGCGCCCAAGGCCGAGGAGCGCUACACGUCCAACGUGCGCUUCUUCCUCGCCAUUGCCGUCAUCACGUGGAGCGUGGCGGGCGUGCAGUACUCGCGCCUCAGCGCCCAGAGUGCCCGUGCCGUCGAGCGCGCCGAUCGGGCACACAGCGACGCCGUCAAGAGCCUGCAGGAGGCCCGCAAUCUGGCUCGCUCGCGCGAGGGCCGCACGCGCAUGGAGAACCUGCGCCGGCGAGCACGCGAGCUUGACUAUUUUGGGCGAGUCGAGGCCGAACGAUGCACGGCCGUGCCGCUGCCGCCGCUGCAGCUCGAGGCGCCACGUUCGUCACCUCGACAAUGA